AUGGCCAUUCACAGAGCCUCUGUGCAUUCAAUCCAUUGGCGUUGUCUGCUGCUUCUGCUCCUGCUAACAUGCGUGUCUACAGCUGCAAUGAAAACCCCAAGACUCCGCGUCAUGAGAAGAAUGAAGGAUCGGAAGGUGGGUGACAUGGCCGGAACUCCCUCUCCUAAGGCGGACUACAACGUUUAUUACUACAAUCAAACGCUCGACCACUUCAACUACAGGCCGGAGAGUUACACAACCUUUCAACAGAAAUAUGUGAUUAACUCCAACUACUGGGGUGGUGCAAAUUCCAGCGCUCCCAUCUUUGUCUACCUUGGAGAUGAAUCGGCUAUAGAUGACGAUAUUAGAACUACAGGGUUCUUGUCCGAAAAUGCCCCCAAGUUUAAUGCCCUUAUAGUAUUUAUAGAGCAUCGCUAUUAUGGAAAAUCAGUGCCCUUUGGUUCAAGGGAUGAAGCCUUCAGAGAUGCUAGCACACUUGGGUAUUUCAGCUCGUCACAAGCUUUAGCAGACUAUGCCGAGAUUAUUUUAGCCAUCAAGAAGAACUUAUCUGCAGAGAGAAGCCCUGUGAUUGUUGUUGGGGGAUCUUAUGGUGGGAUGCUGGCUGCAUGGUUCCGCCUCAAAUAUCCACAUAUUGCUCUUGGGGCAUUAGCAUCAUCAGCACCAAUUCUCUACUUUGAUGACAUCACACCUCAAGAUGGAUACUACUCUGUUGUCACCAAGGAUUUUAGAGACGCAAGUGAAAGUUGUUAUAAUACCAUAAGGCAGUCCUGGUCUGAGAUUGAUAGAGUUUCCUCUGAACCAAAUGGGCUUUCAAUACUUUCAAAACAAUUCAUGACUUGCAACCCAAUAACCUCAGCUUCCCAGCUCAAGGACUACUUGGAGUAUAUGUAUUGCGAAGCUGCCCAAUAUGCUUUUCCUUCAGAUGACUCGGUUUUGAAAAUUUGCAAUGCCAUUGAUGGAACCUCCAACAACACCGAUAUUAUUGGUAAAGUUGUUGCAGGAGUUGUUAGUUACAAUGGAAACUCGUCAUGCUAUGAUUUAAAUGCAUCUAAUAAUCCAAGUGAUAGCGAUGAAGAAACUGAUGACGGGUGGGAUUGGCAGACAUGUAGUGAGAUGGUAAUGCCCAUGGGCCGCGGUAGCAAUGACACUAUGUUUGAAGCAGCACCUUUUGACUUAGAGGCAUUCAUCCAAGGCUGCAAGAGUGCUUAUAGUGUCAGCCCUAGGCCUCAUUGGAUCACGACUCAGUUUGGUGGCCAUGAUAUUAAAUUGAUCCUUGAGAGGUUUGGAAGUAACAUCAUAUUCUCAAAUGGACUCAGGGACCCUUACAGUAGCGCAGGUGUCUUGACAAGCAUAUCAGACAGCCUUUUAGCCAUAUAUACAAAUGAAGGAUGUCAUUGCUUAGAUAUAGUUCAGUCAUCACCAGAUGAUCCGAAUUGGUUAGUCAUGCAACGACGUAGAGAGAUCGAAAUCAUCUCGGAUUGGAUCAAACAGUACUACGCUGAUCUUGCUGCAAAUCAUUGA